AUGCUCGGCCGGCUGAAAGUGCGGGAAGGGCAGUGUUGGUUGUGUAAAAUAGCUUUCAGACAGCAGGUACAGAGUUUAACGGAGGAGGUCGUUUGUCCCGUCUGCCUUGAUUUCUUCACCAAUCCGGUAACACUAGAUUGUGGACACAACUUCUGUCUCUCCUGUAUCACACAGUGUUGGGAAAAGGAGGGGAGAAACUGCUGUCCGGAAUGCAGAGAGGAGUUUGCUGACAGAUCCCUCAGGGUCACUUGGGCCCUGGCAAGUCUGACUGAGAAGACUCAACAAUUAAACCUGAAUCAGAAAGAGACGGAGAUGAGAUCUCAGUGUGAGAAACAUCAGGAGGAACUGAAGCUGUUUUGUGAUACAGACAAGCAGCUGAUCUGUCUGAUUUGUAGAGACGCGAGAGAACACAAGUCUCACAACUUCAUGCCCAUUGCAGAGGCUGUUGAGAUUUACAAGUGUCAAGUUAAAUCAUCCUUGGAAUCUCUGCUGGAGAAGAAAUCUGCCAACCAGGAAGUGGAACAACGACAGAAAGAGAAGAUUUCUGGAUUGAGGGAACAGUCACACACUCUGCAGGCCAACAUCACAUCUGAAUUUGCUAAAAUACACCAGGUUCUGGCUGAGAGAGAGCAGCGCUUACUGAGCGAUCUCAGGGCAGAGGAGGAGAAGAUUCUGAACACCAUGGAGAAAAAUCUUCAGGAGAUUGAAGAGAAUUUAACCUCCAUUGAGGAGAAACUCUCCAAGUUACAGGAACAGAUGAAUGAGGAAGACAGUGUGAUGUUUCUGAAGGAGGAAUUGUGUCAGGACAGCAGGGUUAGCGAGGAAACUCAGACAUUGUCUGUAACAGAAGGUGUCAUAACCAUUGGAAAAUUCAGGGACACAAUACUGAGAGGGAUGUUUGAUGCCAUGAAGCAAGUCUGUGAGUCCCUGGAUGUAGAAUCGGCCAGUCCAUGCCUCAAAGAGUCUGAGGAUCUGAAUCGUGUGAGAGGGACUGAGACCCGGAUGAGUCUCCCUGACACAGGGGACAGUGAGGACAAUGAACCUGGAGACGGGGGAAUGAAACUGUUGUCUGAGGCUCUGAGGGACCCGGAGUGUAAAAUACAGAAACUGGGGUUGACAGCUGAUCGUUUCACAUCUGAUUUUGAGCACUUCAUCUCCACUCUCAGUACAAACCACUCACUGAGAGAGGUGGAGCUGGACCUGAGUUACAAUGAACUGGGGGAUUCAGGAGUGAAACUGUUGUCAGAGGCUCUGAGAAAGCUAAAGUGUAAAAUACAGAGACUGAUUCUAGAUUCUGUCAAUAUCACUGCUGCUGGUGUUGUGGAUCUCGCCUCUGCUCUCAGUACAAACCGCUCACUGACGGAGCUAGACCUGGCUUAUAAUGAACUGGGAGAUUCAGGGAUGAAACUGGUGUUUGAGGCUCUGAGGAACCGGGACUGUAAAAUACAGAAACUUGAUCUGGAGUCUGUUGGUCUCACAGCUGCUGGUGUUGUGGAUCUCACCUCCGUUCUCAGCACAAACCGCUCAUUGACUGAGUUGGACCUACGUGAUAAUAAACUGGGAGAUUCAGGAGUGAAACUGGUAUCCGAGGCUCUGAGAAACCCAAAGUGUAAAUUACAGAAACUGUGUCUGGUGUCUAUCGGUCUCACAGCUGCUGGUGUUGUGGAUCUUGCGUCCGCUCUCAGUACAAACUGCUCACUGAUGGACCUGGACCUGGGCGAUAAUGAACUGGGAGAUUCGGGAGUGAAACUGUUGUCUGCGGCUCUGAGGAACCCAGAGUGUAAAAUACAAAAACUGGUGCUCAGUUGGACUGGACUCACAGAUUCUGGCAUUGAGGAUCUCGUCUCUGCUCUCACUACAAAACACUCACUGAGGGAAUUGGAACUGGAUUCAAACUACCUGACAGACCAAUCUGUCUCUGUUUCCCGCCACCUUAUACUGACCCACCCAUGUCUCGAGCAGAUUAAACUGUGGGGGAAUCUGUUCAGUUCAGAUGGAGAAAACAAGCUGAAGUCACUGGAGGGAACCAGACGAGGACUGAGAGUGAUUAUCUGAACAUCCUUCUGUGUGUACAUCGCCAAGCCUGGAUCAGAACAUCUCUCUCUGAUUUCCCACCCUUUCCUUUAAUACCGAAUGUCCCAACUGGAUCCAAGCUAGUGUCCUCUCCCGUUGUGAAGUCAGAUGCCUGGACGCAAUGUUGUCAUCGAUCAGAAUCAGGUUUAAUAUCACUGGCAUAUGGCAUCAGUAAAAUGCAAUACCUCAUAAGAACUGUAAAUUAUAGCAAUAAAUAUAUAUAAAAAAGUUAAAUUGAGUAAGAAUUGCAAAAAGAGAAAUAAAAGCCGUGACCUAGUGUUAAUGGGUUCAAUGUCCAUCAGAGAUCUGAUGGCAGAGGGGAAGAAACUGUUUCUGAAUCAUUGAGUGUGUGCCUCACCCUAACCCUAACCACCUUCCUAAUGAAAAGAGGGCAUGACCUGAGUGAUGGGGGUCCUUAAUAAUGGAUGCCACCUUCUUAGGCCAUUGCUCCUUGUAGAUGUCCUUGAAAUACUCAUGAUGGAGUUGACUGAGUUUACAAAUUUCUGCAGCUUAUUUCAAUCCUGUGCAGUGGCCCCUCCCUCUCCAUACCAGUUGAUGAUGCAACCAGUUAGAAUGCUCUCCAUGGUAUAUCUGUAGAAAUUUGCAAAUGUCUUUGAAAACAUGCAAAAUUUCCUCAAACUCCUCAUGAAAUACAGUGGCUGCUGUGCCUUCUUUGUAACUGCAUCAAUUUGUUGAGCUCAGGAUAGAUCCUCAGAUGUUGACAGCCUGGAACUUGAAAUUACUCACCCUUUCCACUUCUAGGCCCUCGAAGAGGAUUAGUGUGUGUUCCCUUGUCUUACCCUUUCUGGAGUUCACUGUCAAUUCUUUGGUCUUACUGGCAUCGAGUGCAAGGUUAUUGCUGCGACAGCACUGAACUGGUUUGUCUAUCUCACUCCUGUGCACCCUCUUGUCACUGCCUGAAUUUCUGCCAACAAUAGUUGUGUAGUCAGAUGGCGUUUGAGCUGUAGAUUGAGCAAGUGAUCUAAGGCCACAUGGAAUGCCAGUGAGAUCACAUCGACUGUAGACAUAUUGUGGUGAUAGGCAAAUGAGUGGUGGAAAUAUAUCUGUAAUCCUGAAGUCUUUAUGAAUUAGUAACUUCUGAGCAAUGUAAUGUGACAAAAUGGAACCCAGGAAAUCCCAAGGCGUGUUGCGGGUUUGGAUGGGAAUCUUACAAGUCUGUGUGUUUAAUGAUAGGAAGCUGUGUGUUCAUUAUUAUGACAGGAGAUUUGUUUUAUGGCUGGGGGCAUGUUUUGACAACGGGUAAACAGGACAGAGCUUCUGAAGAUCAAAUGUCAGAACUAAUUACUGAUGAAGAUAACAGAGGAAUGUUAUGGAAUGGAGCAACCUCAUUGCUGUUCUCUGUAAAAAGCAUAAUACUGCUUUGUUUGAGAUUUAAGUUUUCCAGACAAUGCUUGGCUGGAAAAUAGAACUUCCCUUGCAAGUAAAAUAAUAAAU